AAUCCCGUCUCAAGAAGGUAUGACUGCACGUGACUGCUUAUUGCCUGCCGCUCACAGAAGAAAAGGCCAGACCCAGGUAUAGGCAAUAGGUGGAAGCGGAGCCCCUGGGGACCUUGGAUGGCCCCGGCUCGAUUUUCUGAACGUGGCAGUUUCCAAAGGCCAAGCUCAGGUCUCAUUGCGGUCGCGACUUUCGAGUGCAGUGUGCUUCAGUGAAAGGGUGCAGCAUCCACCAUACAUACUCGUAGCGCAUCACCAACAUUCCCGCCUCCCUCCGUCCCCCCACUGAAUCUGUACACACCUAGCAUUGGCGCAACAACCACCAGCCGGGUACAUACAACAGAAACGAUCACGGCCGCCUCUUCUCGACGACCAUCACUCAACUGCCCCGUCCGGCGUUAUAUAGAGAGAGACAACACAGACACACCACAACCAUGAGGUCGUUCCUCCCGCUGCUCUCGCUGGGCGCCGUUGCUCAAGCGCUCCACUUCUUCAUCGACGGCACCAGCCCCAAGUGCUUCUACGAGGAAUUGCCCAAGGACACACUGGUGGUUGGCCACUACACGGCAGAGGAAUGGGACGACCAGAGGCAUUCGUGGCAGAAGCAUGAUGGCAUCAACAUCUUCAUCUCUGUAGAUGAACUCUUCGACAACGACCACCGUGUCGUCUCCCAGCGCGGUGGCCCCGGCGGCAAGUUCACCUUCACCGCCGCCGAGGCGGGCGACCACCGCAUCUGCUUCACGCCCACGUCGACCUCAGGCCGGUCGAGCUGGAUGUCGGUUAACAAUCCGAAUGGCGGGAUCAAGCUGACGCUGGACAUGGCCAUCGGCGAGUCGAGCGCGAUUGAAAGUGCCGACAAGGGCAAGCUGCAGGAUCUGGCGACGCGGGCCAAGGAUUUGAACAACCGGCUGCAGGAUAUCAGGAGGGAGCAGGUUUUCCAGAGAGAGCGUGAAGCCGAAUUCCGCGAUCAAUCCGAAUCCACCAACGCUCGCAUCGUCCGCUGGGUCUUGAUCCAGCUCGUCGUCCUCGGCGUCACUUGCGCCUGGCAGCUAUCUCAUCUCCGCUCCUUCUUCAUCAAGCAGAAGCUUACGUAAAGAGCUUCUACCACUUUUCCCAAGCAUGGGUCAUAUGGGAGGAAGUCUUGCUUGCAAUAUAAAAACAAAGGCACAUAUGUAAUUGUGGGAGCGGACGGGCUAUGAGGGAUGGAGUGGUGUAAUUGAUAUGGUCGGGUCUACUGUUUCCUUUGGCCCAAAUAGACAGGCUAUGGGUGUCAGCGGUGGCAUGAGAUGUUCACGCCAUACCAUGCCAGAGAGGAAGAGCUAUGAUCAAGGAGAGAAAAAGUUGCCAUAGGCGGGUGGGCCGUCCUCAGCGACAGAGUGACGAGAAACUUUAACGAAACGUUUUAACAUGUAUUAUGCAUGCUUCUAUACAGCAUGAGUGGCCAUGUCUUGAUGAUAUAAUGCACAUACUUCAUACAACCAACGCUCACGCACCACACAUCGGGCUAAUACCACCAUUCAAGCACAAACCGAAUAGUGCGCGCAUGAGAUACUGACUGACCUUGGUUGCUUUACAUGCUCCUCUUAAGCUGGCACGCCUUGAUAAUAUGUAAUACAAUGACCUAUUCGAACAUCACUCACACAUAACGAACGGCGAGACCUGUAGACAACACCAAAGAAUAAUUAUCCGAUGAAAGUUGCUUUACAUGGUCCUAUACAACAUCAAUUUUCAUGCCAUGCCCUUGAUGAUAUAAAAUACACAAUCAACUUUUCACACGCC